UGUUUGGAAUCUGGUUAUGGGUUUGGAUUAUAGCUACACGCAGCCGUCUGAUUCGGAGGAUUAUGGUUUACGGAACUCAGCAGACAGUGGAAACAGCUCGACAGAAAUGAAUAUCAUGCUAGACCAAGCAGAGAUCGAAGCCGCGCAGAAUCAGUACCCUCUGCAGCCUGAAGUGGAGUUUGGCUUCCCCAAGGAAUGCUACUGUGGCCGCGAGCCGCUUUUAGCUACUUCUUACAAAAGAAAUGACCCGGGGAGAAGGUUCUACACCUGUGACAACAUCGACGACGGAGACUGCCAUGUAUACAAGUGGUGGGAUGUCGCGGUUACAGAGGAGAUCAAAGCCUUAGGUACACAUUAUGCUCAGCUUUCUGAUAGGGUAGAUUACCUUUCGUUUCUAAGUGACGACGACACCCAUAUGCGCAAGUUUAAGGAUCUGCAGUUUGAUUUAGAGCAGAAGUUGUUAAGGGUUGAGAGAAUUGGUUGUGACUUAGCGAGAAAUACAUCUAGGUUAUUCAGAAUUGCUUGUGUUAUGGUUGUUGUCGUAGUGCUAAUAGGCAUUGGACUAGCUGCUCGUAUGUAG